AUGAGCUAUUCUUGUACCAGCGCAGGCAGCAGCCAGGACGCGUCGAGCUGUAAUAAGAAGUGCGGCGGCGGCGCCGUUAAUCCCGCCAGUCGCAGCGGCGGCACCGGACACGUCGAUCCCAGUCCCGGAGACUCGAGCUCGAACCCUGAACCAGAGGAGGCCAUGAAAGUCAAGAAGGGCUGCAACACCACGGACGUGGGAGUCCCCGUCACCACCGAGGAGGAACUGCUGGCCAACACCAUCAUCACCCCAGAGGAUGUGCUGGGAUUGCAGAAGAUCACGGAAAACUACUUGUGCAGUCCGGAGGAUAACGUGUACAACAUUGACUUCACACGGUUUAAGAUAAGGGACAUGGAGACAGGGACAGUGCUGUUUGAGAUUACAAAGCCUCCAGUAACGGACAAAGGUGGAGAGAAACGAGACAUUGACCCCAGUGCUGGACGAUUCGUACGAUAUCAGUUCACUCCAGCAUUUCUACGUCUGCGUCAGGUUGGAGCCACUGUCGAGUUCACAGUGGGUGACAUUCCCAUCAAUAACUUCCGCAUGAUUGAGAGACAUUACUUCCGCAAUCAGCUGCUGAAGAGCUUUGACUUUGAGUUUGGCUUCUGCAUCCCGAGCAGCAAGAACACCUGCGAGCACAUCUACGAGUUCCCGCCGCUCUCAGAGGAGAUCAUGCGUGAGAUGAUCCUGCACCCCUACGAGACGCAGUCCGACAGCUUCUACUUUGUGGACAACAAGCUAGUCAUGCACAACAAAGCAGACUACUCAUACAGUGGAGGGCCUUAAGACAGCAGCUUUCAGAGAGCUGACCUGGAUGCUUUGACGGUUUGGCUGAUCUGAAAUGCCCAGCCCACAUGCGUCUGUGUGCACCAAUCACGCUCUCCCUGAAUUUGUGUCAUUGACGUGGUAAUGCCUGUCUGUGUGAGACCAGUGAUUAGAUGACCAUGACUUUUCACACAUAUAUACAUAUCAUAAAUGUGUUUUAAGGUUUUUUUUACAACACACCAGCAAAAAUAAUGUUUAUUUGGUAAGUUAUUCCUGAUAUUAGUGACUAGUCUAUUUUCGGACAGGCGGAUUUCAAUUCUGCAGUUAUUUAUAUGGCCAAAUGGCAAUGGCGCUGGGUGGGAAAGGUUAUGAUUAGGGCUAUAUGCUUGACUGCUCCACUGUGUGUGUGUGUGUGUGUGUGUGUGUGAGUGAGUGAGAAAGAGAGAGAGAGAGAGACUGGGGGAAUGUUUUAUGCUGUGAGACUGACUACUGAUUGUUUACCGGAGUGUACAUUUGAGUGUGCAUGGCACUGUUACAUCUUGAUUCACUUCAUAAUUUUCACAGAGUGAGAUUUAAAGCUAGACGGCCUUUCGAUUUCAUAAAAUCAGUGAAAUUUAGUUCCCUCUGAAAUGUGGUCAUUGUGAUAUAUGUUUAUUUCUGUACUAUCUCACAAAAUAUCAGGCCAUUCUGUUCUGUGGCCGGGGAGUUAUUUAAUUUGAGGGGAUUAAAGCAAAUAAUGUGCAUGAAAUCGCUCGUUUCGCGCAGUCAAACAGACAGAGGAAGUGCGUGCGCAUGCGCAGGUUUACCUUUGAUCGUGCGCUGACAGUUCCAUCAUUCUGUCACUAAACGAACAGCUGAUCACACCGAGGUGCUCGCUGACCGCCGAUAUUUAUUAGUUUGAUAUUUCCUGCGUUUCCUUUCCUUCGUAUAGAACAUAACGUCUUUUCUUCUCGCUUUCUUUCCGUUACUGUAGUCGGUCUUUCACGUUUCAUUCUCACACUCACGUCCUCCAUUUUUCUCUCCUGUUUCAAAUUUGUAUCCCACAAUGCCUUGCGUGAACGAGGAAAGCCCACCACGUCAUGCAUGACAUAGUAUCUUGAAUCGAGUCAUGGUGAAGCAAGAAAAAAUAGCAGAGAAUUUAGGGCCACAUGGCCUUAAAUUCAUUAAUUGUUCUAUUUUUAAAAAACUAAUCAAAUUGGAAGUCUGUGAUUCGAAUUCAGUAGCUUUCAGUCCACUGAACAAAAAUAAUUGGAUGUCGGGGAAAAUUCUUUUCAUGACCUACACUUGAAAAAUCUGAAAGGCAGUCCAGCUUUAACAUCUCUAAAGUUGUCAAGAAUACAGUAGUAGAGCAUUUCUUCUUUCUUCUUCUUGACAUGUUCUAAUGUUUAUAAUGAGAUAAUAUUUGCAUUUCAUAUGUGAUGUUGAGAACACAGAACAUAUUCCUCACAAGAACAACACAUUAUUGCAUUAUGCCAAUUUGUCACCGCAAU